AUGCUGUCUUGACCUCCAGCGUUUGCCAUGGCAUGAAGCCACCCUUGAGCUUGCCCAAAGCCCCGAACGCCUCCGCCUCCACGCUGCCUCCAGAGUCGACGCCCGGUGUUGCACCCGUCGCAGCGCGGCCAAGCGCUUUGCCGCCCCGAUUGGCUCCGCUCCCAGGGCAAGCAUCAUCUCAAGCUCCUAAGACAGAUGUGGCCAGCAAUAGUGGUAGCCGGACCAGCGAUGACUUGGUUUCAGCGGUGAGCUCUGUCUCGAAGCAGGCCGAGCUAGACAACGCACCACCCCGUUUGCUGCGACCGCCGCCUCCCUUGAGAGAUUCGCCCUUCCCAGCGCCCAUCUUCUGCGGCCCGGACGCGGAGGCCGCCGGUCUCAGUGAGGCGCAGGAUGAUGCCUCGAAGUCUUUGAGCUUGGGCCCUCCAAGCCUAAAGACUUUGCCACCUGCGCCACGUCAGCCUGUGGAGGUUUCGACCAGUUCUAAGCUUGCCUCUGAAAGGGCCGAGACACAGAUCAAGGUAUCAGAGGCACUUUCUGCGCAAAGUGGUGCUCCUCGGAUUGCUAUCUCAAAGGAAAGCGACCAGGUUGUUGAGGAAAAGCCGGAGACAAUUGCCGAACGUGUUGCUUCAAAGGAAGCAACCAACACUCUGGAGGCACUUUCUGCGCAAAGUGGUGCUCCUCGGAUUGCUAUCUCAAAGGAAAGCGACCAGGUUGUUGAGGAAAAGCCGGAGACAAUUGCCGAACGUGUUGCUUCAAAGGAAGCAACCAACACUCUGGAGGUCCGAAGCCCGAAGAAGCUGCUUGGCCAGGAAUUCCCUGUGGCCGCUCCAAUGCUGGCGGUCGAAGCCGAAGAAGCCGAUGACACCGUACUGCAGGAAUUUCCCGGCAGCGCCCCAGAAAUUCAUGGGCUGGAGGCUCGCCAGUUUGACGUGGCAAGGCUGAGCGCCGAGGCCGAUGAAGUCCCAACGCCGCCGCGGGGGCCGAGCGCGCCUGCUUCCUCAGCCUUCUUCGACGCUGCGUCCAACCUGGAGGCUGCAUCGCUGCACUCCGCGAAGUCUGCUGAUUCUGAUGUAACGGUUCGGGAUGGUGAUUUGUCGCCAGCACAGCCGCAAACCGCCGCGCUCCCCAGCGGCCCCAGUGGCCCGAGUGGUCCAAGCAACUCGCUUCGACUGCCGAUCCCCGAUGGUCGACCAGCUGAAGGCCGCCGUCCACGGCGACAGCGUGUGUCGACCAUCCCGGCCACGGCCCGCGCUUCGGAGCGCUCCAGUGAAGAGGAGGUGCUGCGAGUCUAUCGGCAGAUCAACGACCGGCAACGGUCCAUGGUCAGCCUUGAGGACCUACGCGCCUACGUGGGCGACUUCUUGGGCUUCGGGCAAAAAGAAGUGGAGACCUUCUUCGAAGAGUUCGCGGAACACAGCGACGGGCAGACCGGUCUGACACCUGAGGGUUUGCGCGCGGGCUUUGGGCGGCUGAAUCCGUUUCAGAUCAUGAACCGUCAAGAAGAAGUCAUCCUUCGAAAGCCUGGAUCGCUUUGUGGGCAGCAACUGACCUUGGAGACCUUGGAUCACUGUGAAGUCUAUGUGUGCGACACGAGCGCCCAAGUCUUCAUCGACUACUGUAAGAACUGUCUCAUCCUGCUGGGCCCUUGCGAAUCCUCCGCUUUUGUCCGGGACUGCGAGGACUGUACGAUCUGGUGUGCGGCGCAGCAGCUGAGGACUCGGGCCUGUAGACGCUGCCGCUUUUUCAUCUACAGCAAAACAGCUCCCAUCAUCGAGGAAUCUCAUGACUUGACAAUUGGCCCUUGGUGCACCAAAUAUCCCUGCUCCGGUGCUCACUUUGAUCAAAUGCGCUUCGAUACCAGUCGCAACUUGUGGAAUGCUGUAUUUGAUUUCAGUGGUGAAAAGGACCGGCCACAUUGGAGAAUACCCUCCUUAGAAGAGGUGGAGGAACUUCACAUCACUCUUGAUGGUGAAGGCCCACCGGAAAAUUUGCUUCCAGCCGUCACUCAUGAGAUGCUGAUUGCAGCUCCACUGGAAUCAGAAGAGCCCUGUGGACAAGGCCUGUCAAUUCCCCAACCACGGCCACCGCUGCCUUCAAGAACAGAGGGUCCAAGGCGGAAGGACCUCAUGGACAAGCCUGUGAAAAGUAUGCCUGCAAUCGCAGCAAAUGGCUUUGAAGCAGAGAGAACUUGGACAUGCAGCAGAUGCACCAUGCACAAUACGUUCAGUGCCACAACUUGUGCGGCCUGUGGCUUGCCACCAGCAUCUGAACAUCUUUGGACUUGUUCCAAGUGCACCUUGCAGAACAGUCUGAGUCUGGAGUACUGCGCUGCAUGCGGAAGCAUGAGAGCCCUACGAAGUCCAAUUGCUCCCGCAGCUGGUGGUCUCUAUGGCAGUAGCUACAGCUCCGCACACGGUUUGCCAGAGGAGCCAGAAGAGCCUCCAAAGCGCAAUGGAUUCUGCUCCUUCCUCUCCGAGGUGGUUCGGCCCAUGUGCAUCAAAUCACUAGAGAAGUCUCGAACCUGACCAACCAUCUUUUGGACCUUCUGGAAUUUGGACUAUGUUGAAGAAGCAGUGUCGGUGGAGCCACCCCGAACAUGGGUUCAAGGGAAGAAGGCAUCUCAACAUGUCUGACGCGUGGACCGCUAAUCUGAAUGGCUGUGCAACUGGUAUGGUGGCGGCCGAUCAGGGAGAGUGUUGCGAUCUUUGGAGAAUGCGGAGGACGAGAUCCCAUUGAAAUGACCGGACUACAUGAUCAAUCAUCUUGGUCACAACCAGAUCAUAUUCAAAACAAUGCGAGGAUCAGAGACGAUGGAUAUUACCAAAUGCGUUGAUGG